AUGUCUCACGAGAUUCAAGUCAUGCGGUACAAGGUCGACCAGAGAGGUUACAUGCGUUGUGCCACUUCACAGGAUUCUCUGACAACUAACUCUGCCCUUUCUUCCAACAGGGUCUCCUUAUCUGCCACGGACUGUUAUAUUGUUCACGAAAUCUACAACGGGGAGAAUGCCCAGGACCAGUUUGAAUACGAGCUGGAGCAAGCUUUGGAAGCCCAGUACAAGUACAUUGUGAUUGAGCCCACCCGCAUCGGGGACGAGACGGCCCGCUGGAUCACGGUGGGGAACUGCCUGCACAAGACGGCGGUGCUGGCGGGCACGGCUUGCCUCUUCACCCCUCUGGCUCUCCCCGUGGAUUAUUCCCACUACAUCUCUCUGCCGGCCGGCGUGCUCAGCGUGGCCUGCUGCACCCUCUACGGGAUCUCUUGGCAGUUUGACCCCUGCUGCAAGUACCAGGUGGAGUACAACGCCUAUAAACUCUCCCGCCUGCCCUUGCACACGCUGACCACCUCCACCCCCGUCGUGCUAGUGAGGAAGGACGAUCUGCACAGGAAGAGACUGCACAACACGAUAGCCCUGGCGGCCCUGGUGUACUGUGUAAAGAAGGUGUACGAACUCUACGCCGUAUGAUCGCGGCCGAGACAGGGGGCAAACUCAGUCCGAACCAAUAAGGUGUAUUAAGGACUCCUACAGGAACAUUCGACUUUUUUUCCUCUUG